AUGGCCCUGGGGGGGGACCUGGGGGACCCUGAGGCCAGCGCCAUCCCCGCACCCUUCACGCUGCUGGCCCCGAGCUGCAGAAUUCGGGAAAUUCAGGAAAAUGCCGAGUGCGGGGCGGCGCUGAGAGCGAUGGCUCAGGACAACGCCGCCUUCUGCGGGGUGCCCGAGGGGGGGCCCAGCGAGGCCAAGGCCCCCCCCGCCCCCCCCCGGCGCCGGGGGGCCGGGGCCCGCAAGCGGCAGCGCUACGUGGAGAAGGACGGCAAGUGCAACGUGCAGCACGGGAACGUGCGCGAGACCUACCGCUACCUCACCGACAUCUUCACCACCCUGGUGGACCUCAAGUGGCGCUUCAGCCUCCUCGUCUUCAUCCUGGCCUACGCCGUCACCUGGCUCUUCUUCGGCCUCAUCUGGUGGUUCAUCGCCUACUGCCGCGGCGACCUGGACCACCUGGAGGACCACGCCUGGACGCCCUGCGUCAACAACCUCAACGGCUUCGUCUCCGCCUUCCUCUUCUCCAUCGAGACGGAGACCACCAUCGGCUACGGCCACCGCGUCAUCACCGACAAGUGUCCCGAGGGCAUCGUGCUGCUGCUGCUCCAGGCCAUCCUGGGCUCCAUGGUCAACGCCUUCAUGGUGGGCUGCAUGUUUGUGAAGAUCUCGCAGCCCAACAAGCGCGCCGAGACCUUGGUCUUCUCCUCGCACGCCGUGGUGUCGCUGCGGGACGACCGCCUCUGCCUGAUGUUUCGCGUGGGCGACCUGCGGGACUCGCACAUCGUGGAGGCCUCCAUCCGCGCCAAGCUCAUCAAGUCCAAGCAGACGCAGGAGGGCGAGUUCAUCCCCCUGGACCAGACCGACCUGAGCGUGGGCUUCGAGACGGGCGACGACCGCCUCUUCCUCGUCUCGCCCCUCAUCAUCAGCCACGAGAUCGACGAGCGCAGCCCCUUCUGGGACGUCUCGCGGCACCAGCUGGAGAAGGACGAUUUUGAGAUCGUCGUCAUCCUCGAGGGCAUGGUGGAGGCCACAGGGAUGACGUGCCAGGCGCGCAGCUCCUACCUGGCGGACGAGGUGCUGUGGGGCCACCGCUUCUCGCCGGUGCUGAGCCUGGCCGAGGGCUGCUACGAGGUGGACUACGGGGGCUUCCACCACACCGUGCCCGUGCCCACGCCGGCCUGCAGCGCCCGGCAGCUGGCGGCGGCGGCCGCCCGCCGCGACGCCCACCUCUACUGGUCCAUCCCCAGCCGCCUGGACCAGCCGCUGGAGGAGGCGGCGGUGGCGGAGGCCGGGGCCGGGGGGGAGCCGGGACCCCCCCCGGAACACAACGGCACCCUGGCCAGCCCCGAGGGGUUGUGA